GAAAACUACAAAAGUAUUCUGAACAAUGGACUGCUGACACAGUACAGGGGAUGACCAGAGAGCUCCGGACACAGUACAGGAGAUGACCAGAGACUGCGGACACAGUACAGGAGAUGACCAGAAGACUGCGGACACAGUACAGUGAAUGACCAGAGACAGCGGACCAGUACGAGAUGACCAGAGACUGCGGACACAUUACAGGGAUGACCAGAGACUGCGUACACAUCAGGAGAUGACCCAGAGACUGCGGACACAUUGCGGUAGAUGACCAGCAGACUGCGGCCACAGUGC